AGACUUUGAAACGAGGAGCUUCCACCACUACCAAAGACUUCUUUGCUAUCUCCAAUAUCAUCAACAUCAUCAAGAAAGAAAGAAACAAUCUCAUCCCAUUUCUCUCCUUCUUUCCGCUACCUUCUUUCUGCUACAUUCUUCGAUGUCUACUCCAGGAGAAUACUACAGAUCUCUACCGCCGGUGAGCAAGGCGUACGGCGUGAUCUGCCUCUUGACUACAUCAGCUUAUUAUCUCCAACUCUAUGAUGCCCACGUCAUUUAUUUAUCCUAUACACGUGUGAUCAAACAUCUGCAGAUAUGGAGGCUUAUAACAAACUUUUUCUUCCUUGGUCCAUUUUCUCCGAGGUUUGGAAUGCACUUCCUAAUGAUAGCAAGAUACUGGGUUCUGUUGGAGAGGGGAGCAUUCGACAAGAGAACUGCAGACUUUCUGUGGAUGACGAUCUUUGGUGCAUUGUCUCUCCUGGUAAUCGCUGCGAUUCCGCCAUUAUGGUCUCCCUUCAUGGGAGUUUCUUUGGUUUUCAUGCUUGUCUAUGUCUGGAGUAGGGAGAAUCCGAACGCCCAAAUCAAAAUAUAUGGCAUUGUGACGAUAAAGGGAUUCUAUCUUCCUUGGGCAUUCCUCGCACUGGAUUUGAUCUUCGGAGCCCCUCUAAAACCUGACAUUUUAGGAAUUGUCGCCGGGCAUCUGUACUACUUCCUGUCAGUGCUCUAUCCUCUCUCUGGAAGAAGGAACAUACUCAAGACUCCUGUGUGGGUUCACAAAGUGGUCAUGUUUUGGGGUGAGGGAGUCCAAGUAAACAGUCCGGUGCCAGUUAAUCCAUCAGCCGGCGUUGCAUUCCGAGGGAGAAGCUACAGGCUCAACCAAUAGCUACAUUAGCAGCUGGUUCAUCACAGGAAAAACACAUCUCUGUAAUAACCUCUCUUUAAUCAUCUCCGUUGUUUCUGUUUCGACUGUGAUUUUCUCUUGUUUUUUUUUCUUUUUUGAGACGGAACCCAUUAUCGGUCAUAUUACGAAGAAUCAGUGUCUUUAAAAGCAAUUAUCCAAUUAGCAAAGAUUUUUAUUAAGAGGAAUGACAA